CGUCUUUCUCUCGUCACCUUUUUCUUAUAGCGCGAUACAUUGAUAGUGAAGCCGCCGUUGUCCUCAAAUAGCCCACAACCAAGGCUCUCAGAGCACAGUAUCUGAGUGAGGUGUUUCAUUCAUGCCCGUGACACGUCCUCGGCGCCGUGCAACUGUUGCAUGCACUGCAUGUCGCCAGUCCAAAAUUCAGUGCGCAUUGGUCGAUGGCGAACCUCCGUGCUCCAGGUGCCGUCGUCUAGCACUCGACUGCACGGUCGACCGUCAAUUUCGCCGUGUCCACAAAACGACGCAGGUCGAAGAACUGCAGGACCAGCUCAAUGAACUCCGGCAGCAUCUCAGUGCUUCAGGCCCCAGUCCAGGCAGCCGCGGCGACCCCAACCCAGUUGAAGAGGAGACAUCCGGCCGGAGUGCCGCGCCGCAGUUGACGGCAAACGGUAACGCAGCCGGAGCCGCGCGUCUCCCCGGCACCGUGCAGACCUCCUCGUCGACCUUCUCAAGAACUCAAAUGAGGGAUGUUAUUCUGUCAGCAGACCGGAUUACGGAGUUGUUCCAAAUCUUCUUUGACGAUUAUCAUCAUUUCUUACCGUUCCUGGAUGAAAAGACAUCGCCCGAAUCGUAUUAUCUGUCGUCGCCGCUGCUCUACUGGUCCAUCAUUGCCGUGGCCAGUCGGCAAUAUCGCCGCGAGAGCUCGUUGCUACACCGUCUGGGUCCAAUUCUUAGCGAGGCUGUUUGGUCGAUAUUCGGCACCUGUCCCAUGACGGUGCCGAAUAUUCAGACCUUGUUGCUGCUCUCCACGUGGCCGUUGCCAAAUAUCCAUCUGUGGAACGACUCGUCAUUGGUCAUGUGCAAUACCGCCCUCACCUGUGCCCUCCAUCUCGGUCUGCAUCGACCUGGCAGAGAAGAGGAGUAUACUAGAGACACCGUGGUCAUGGGCAACCAGGGCUCGCGGGAAGGGCUGACAGCGCGGACGGAAAAGCUACGAGAACGCAACAGAACGUGGUGUGCUUGUAUUGCCGUUGCUCAAAGUCUCUCGAUCGACUUUGGAUACUCGAAUCUCCUAAACCCCUUUGCGCUGUCUCUGGAGCCAACUGUGUACGACAGUAUUCCGUCGGAACUGCGAGACAACGUGGUCGUACAAAAAUGUGCACACGAAGCAUUUCAGCUAAUGGCCAGACACCAGCUGCAAGCCCAGGACCUCGCGGCAAGCAGCGCCAUGUUCGACGGGAUGCGAGAAGCCGACAGUCUGUUCAGCAACUUGGAGCACGAGCUCGACUCAUGUCUGUCAUUUAUGAACAGGCUUCGACUCCAGAGCUCCCGGCUGUCCCUGCAGACUUUGGCUUUCAUCAACGAUUCGACCCACCCCCAGCGUAAGGCUUGGGUUCUGAAAACACAUCAUACAGCAUGUCAAGUCAUCAACCUCGUGCUUGCGGAUCCCACGUCACAUUCCCUCCUUCCCCAUGCCCCGUUGAUGACGUUUCGGAUUCUAUGGAACGCAGCCGCAGUCAUCUUCCGCGUCGUUCACUCCACCUAUCGAGCGGACAUUGACAUCAGCCACAGCCACGUCACAUUCACCGCGGCAGCAUUCGCGCUUCGCCAGCUCUCCGUUCCACACGAACAAAAGGAUAUUGCCACUCGCGCGUCGGAUCUGCUGACGUUCCUCUGGCGUUGCGCCCAGGCCGAUCAGACCCUCACUCUAAAGCCGCCCGAACUCUGCGUCAAGACCCGCAUGACGAGUAGCUUGACAUUCGAUACUUUGAUGAUCGCAAGGUCGUUCGCAGCUCGAGAGAGCGGUACUUGGCUUGCAUACCGACAAUCUCACGCUCCGGAGCUGGUCACCGACGGCGACGGCGAGCACCCAGAUAAAGCCAAUGACGGAUGGGAAGUCGAAGCCAACGCUCCAGAACACGAUGUCGCUCCAGCACAAUUCGAUGGCUUAUUACAGGACAACAUCUUUGCCAGCGUGCCUUUCGCGGAGGUGGAUCAAGCUCUCCCGCCGGCCUGGUACUUGUCGCCCGACUUAUCUUGGACAGCAAAUUUUGGGUACCAGUGAUCUCUCACCCAUUCACAAGUUGUUGAUUUUGCCAAAACGAUCCCGAAAAGUAUUUCCCUGCGAAAACCAUCCGGCUGCUACCUCGGGAUGGCUCUGCUUUGCACGUCACACCCCUCAUUAUCUCUGACGAACUGAAUGCAUUUGUUCUCAAAUUUCUCUAUGAUCCUAAAAGAGUCCAAGAAUAUGGGAAGGCAAGUUUCGAGACGCACAGUAUGUUUCGGCACGGGAUCGGCUCACAAUAGUCGCUGACUGAAGUGUCUUCUGAUGGUAUGCAAAUCCGGGGAGGAAUAAAGUAUGAGCAUGCUGUAUAUUGGGAGACAGUCGGGCCGUGUAUGGUAAGCCUUCUCCGCCAUUUCGGCUGAGAACGAUAACGAGCAACGACUCGUGUUCAUCACCGAAGGUAUUUAACCCCGAGAUAUUCUGGGGUACUCCAUUAUCGCAACCGAAAAGAAAGGCCAGAAUUUCAGGCUGCGAGUCAAGGCAAUCAUGACCGAGGAGAUCCCCAUCAAAGCAAAUCGUGACUCCCGCCAUGAGAAUGUUGUCGAUAUGGGCGCUCUGCCGAAAUCAAGUGGCAAGCAUGUUAUCGAUGCAGACCAAGCCAUAAUUGCUAUCUCUGCCUUGAAAACAUGAAAAUGGAUGAGGCAACCAAUCGGAGGCUCCUCUAAAGGAUCGACCCGCAUGUAUGCCCCUGCUCUGCGUCUCAUAUGCGUUGAAAUGCAUUGACAAAUGCACUCUGCCCUUCGCAGGCAUUAUGGGAAUGAACAAUGACAUCGGCUUGAAAGGUGACAAGGUACUCUGCUGUUUCGCAGCCACCAAGAAUUUCGGAGGAGGUACCGCCCUGAAAUUCUUUCUCGGUGUCUUCGAAGCUGCUAUGACACCUGGGUUCGCAUCGAUCACAUCGCAGUGGUAUACCAAGACGGAACAGGGAACACGAACAGGUAUUUGCUUCAGCUUCAGUGGAGUCGGCAUUAUCGUCGGCAGCUUUGUAGCAUACGGCAUUGCAGUGAGCGGCAAGGCACACCCUCCACUAAUUGCUCCGUGGAAGGUACUCUUCCUAACCACCGGUCUCGCGACCGUGGUGGUUGGAUCGUCUUCUACUUUAUGAUGCCUGAUUCUCCACUUAACGCUCACUGGUUGACCGAAGAUGAUGGAAAACUCGCCGUGGCUCGAGUUAGGAUAAAUGAGCAACGUAUCGGCAACAAAGAAUUCAAGCCCUACCAAUUCAGGGAAGCUCUACUCGAUCCCCUGACUUGGGCCUUCGCAUUCUAUUCCCUUGUUACCAACAUACCAAAUGGAGGUGUGACUAAUUUCUUUGGCCAGCUGAUUGUGGGAUUUAGCUUCACCGCCGAACAGUCUCUCCUCCUUAGUGCUCCAUCGUGGGCUAUUGCCAUCAUCACUUUGACCGGACUUGGUUAUCUUGGCGAUCGAUAUCAUAACCGGAUCAUUUUUGGCUGCGUCGGUGUCCUCAUAGCCACCUUUGGCAUGAUUCUUAUCAUCACCUUUAUCAAACAAAGGUGCACGACUGGCAGAACACUACUUGUUACUUGCUGCUACAGCAGGCUGGGCGGCAUUACUGUCACUCAUCUCAACCAAUACCUCUGGGUAGCUUAUACCAAGAAAACCACGGUAGCGGGCUCUAUAUCUACUGACUUAUUGCGCCGGAAACAUCAUCGGACCUAAACCCUUCCGACUCCAGGAUGCACCACGAUAUGUUCCCGCCGAGAUAACAAUUGUUGUUUGUUGGUGAACCCCGUUCGUUACUUAACCUCGCUCAUGGAAUCGAAAUUCUUUGCCACUUCGGUGCGACCAGGACCGAUACUGACUGUACAGGGGGGCUGGCUUACUUGAUAUGGGAUUCAUCUACUGGUAUUGUCGUCGACAGAAUGCAAAGAAAGCAAUUGCUCGAGGAGCCCCAAGCAAUACUAAACUCGAAAAUCAAGGAUUUGUGGAUCUUACCAACAAGGAGAACCCGGAACUGGUCUAUACUUUAUGAUCCGGCGCAGCAGGACAAGUAGAAACCCAUUCGAUCGAGCUUUGAUCAUACAGUCAGACUCGGUAUAAGGGACAAAUAAUGAACAAUUGACGAUUAGUACCAACUACAACAAAUACCGAAAAGCUGAUACAGAAUAUUGACUACAUCGAAGAGUAUCAUCCUUGAUCAUUAUUGCUAGGUUUCCACCUUAGAUACGAGGUCUAGACGUCUAGUUCCAUACCAUCAUCGAACUUACUACGGUUGGUCCACAGGUCACCAGACGUAAGGACUCAAAGAAAACUCCUCCUGCGAUGU